UAAUUAAGUUUUAAAACUUGUUUUGAUGAGUACUGACGUGCUGUGUUAAAAUAAUAUAGGAAUAAUUAAUAUCUAACAAAAUGAAGAAAUGGUGGAACUGGGUGCUGGCUAUAGCCUUAAUUAGUCUAUUAUUCCUCGCGAUACCUCUAAGUUAUUCCAAUAAAAAACAAGCAGCUUUACAGUUAAUGUUCGACGAGUACGUCGAAAAGUUUAAUAAAAGUUAUAAAAAUAAUCCUAACGAGUACCAAACGAGAUUUCAACAUUUUGUGGCUUCAGUAGGAGAAAUAGAGAGACUAAAUUCAGAAUCGAGGGGUCCGGAGCAGUACCGAGCCAGAUAUGGCCUGACUCAUCUCUCGGACAUGUCCCAGGCCGAAUAUAAGGAAUUACAUCUCUCUGAUGAAAGGUUGGAGAAAGCUCCGCGGUUGUAUGGCAAGAGUUGGAGUAAGACUGAUGUUCGCGACUUGUAUAAGACUGACGACGACAACGGUGAUCAUCAGAGGAAUAGAUCCUGUGGUGAAUCUCAUGACAACAUCUACAUCAUCAUCAGGAAGAGACGGGUUGCUUUGCCUCUGCAAGUCGAUUGGAGGGCCAAGGGUGUUAUAGGGCCUGUAAGGGACCAGGGUAUGUGCGGCGCUUGCUGGGCUUUCAGCACUGUGGGUGCCAUGGAAGCUAUGGCUGCCAUCAACACAGGCAAGCUGGCUACACUUAGUGUACAGCAAAUGAUAGACUGCGCAGGAUUGGGCAACAGCGGCUGCGCGGGCGGCGACAUCUGCCUGCUGCUGGACUGGCUGCUGCUGAGCGGCGCCGCGCUGCAGGUGGACGCGGAGUACCCGCUGCGGCUCACAGAUGGCGCCUGCAGAGCGAAGAGGAACGCCACGGGCGUUCGUGUAGCUAGCUUCACUUGCGACGAUAUGGUGGAAUCAGAAGACAAGAUAUUGGAAGCGCUGGCGACGCACGGGCCCGUGUCGGUGGCGGUCAACGCCCUCACGUGGCAGAAUUACCUCGGGGGCGUUAUUCAGUACCACUGCAGCGGAUCAGCCCUUGACCUAAACCACGCGGUAGAACUAGUGGGUUACGACCUGACCGGCGACGUGCCCUAUUACAUUGCCAAGAAUUCGUGGGGCUCCGAGUUUGGGUUGGAGGGCUAUUUGCAUAUCGCUGUGGGUAACAACGUCUGCGGGCUCGCGAACGAAGUCGCCAGUGUCGAUGUUAAAUAGGACUUUAAAGAUCUUCAUAUAAAUAUAUAGGGAUAAAUCAUACAGAUUGAAACCAGCGCAAUUACUUAGUAUAUAUAGUAAAAAAUGUAGAAAAUAUAUAUAAGACAAGUCUCGAACUUUCUUUGGGGCUAACUUACGGUUACUUACAGAUAAAUCCAAUCAUGAUCUUGCCUUAUUAUUUUUAAAUAAAUUUUGCUCAUGCAAUUUAUCACAUUCUAACUUUUAUUCUACGUCUUUUCGUGAUUUUUAGUAUUUUAUUUUCAUAUAAAAAAAAACUAUCUAAUUUGCGAUUCUACACAUCUUAACUCUAUUAAUAGCGAAGCAACACGAGACAGUACAAUAGCGUUAUGUAGCGGAAUCGAACAUGGAGUUAACGAUUUCAGAUUAUAGAAAGAACAUUAAAACUAAAAAAAGGAAAUAUUUUGUAUUUAUUACGUUUAGACAAAAGUCGUAGAACAUAAGAUGUUAGUCUCUAUGUACCUUAUGCGGCUUUGGAAGGUUAUGUGUUAGAUACCAAUAAUCCUGUAUAUUUAGACACGAUAUAUGUAUUUGAUUACUAGGGUGUUUACUAUAAGAAAUAUUUAAAAAAGAAUUUUUGAUAUUCGAGCAUUUUAUUGAACAAAACGCCUAUACGUGCCAUUAUAAUAGUUAAUGUAUAAGUAUUGUUUAAUUGCCAUAUUAUUAAUGUUAAUUGAAGUAUAUGUUUUAUACAACACCCCGUAUAAACAUUGUCUAAUUGUGAAAAUUAAAAACUUUUCUUAGUUCCUAAGGUAAUAAUGUGGGAAUCAAAAUCUCUUACGUAACGAAAAUAACAUAAAAUCUACUUUUAAUCUUGAAAAAUUACAAAAUUAUAUACAUAUAAAAACUUUCAUAUAAAAAGUUGUCGAAGUAUAAAAAUGACCUAGAUCUCAAAUAACUGCAAAAAUUAUUUCACAUGAUUGUUGCAUAUUUUUGAUAUUUUUAGAUUUAAGCGACAAAAUGCAAUGAUGAUACGUAAUUUAAGGAAAAACAGGGUAUAAACGAAGCCAUUGUAUAGACAAUUAAAUAUUAUAUGACGUAAGUAACACUCAUAUACCUAAAAGUUUACGAACAUUUAAAGUCUAUUUUAGUUAAUAUAUGUUUUAUCUCUUUUUUCCAAUAUUUAGUAUUGAAAGAACGAGACAAAACAUCUUAUUUAACUGAAAUAUGGUUCGUUGUGUUAGUAGAUUUGUUUCAGUGAAUAUUUUUGAAUAGUUUUUUGUAUCAUAUAUUUGACUCAAUCAUAUAUUUGAAUAAAAAACAUUUGUUUAUAUAUGA